UAAAAGUAAUUCUAGCUAUAAAUGAUAAAUCUAUUCAAUACAUUGGCAUUGUUUUAUCUCAAAAACCUCAUCAUAUGCCUUUAGGUAAGAAUACAUCUUUCAUGGAGGUUCAGGUUCCUAUUUCUUUCCUCUUCACUUUCUUUUGCUUCUUCAUAGUGGUAUUAAGCAUAGUUAAACGACCCUAUUCCAGAAAGUCUCUCAGAAACCUACCACCAGGACCGUGGAAGAUACCUCUCAUAGGAAAUCUACAUCAGUUUGUAGGAUCACUUCCCCAUCAUUCUCUAAGAAACUUGGCAAACAAAUGUGGACCCUUGAUGCAUCUUCAGCUUGGAGAGACUUCAAACAUUGUAGUCUCAUCCCCAGAAAUGGCCAAAGAGAUCAUGAAGACACAUGAUGUGAUCUUCUCCAAUAGACCCUAUUUUCUUGCUUCAAGAGUCAUUUCUUACAAUUCAACCAACAUUGGUUUUUCUCCUUAUGGAAGCUACUGGAGGCACCUGAGGAAAAUUUGCACUGUGGAGCUUUUAUCAGCAAAGAGAGUUCAAUCAUUCAGUCGUAUCAGAGAAGAGGAGGUUUCAGCUCUCGUCACAAAAAUUUCUGCAAACGAAGGAUCUGUUAUUAAUCUCAGUGAGUAUUUUUUCUCACUCACAACUGGGAUCACAUCUAGAGCUGCUUUUGGUAAGAGAUGUAGAGAUCAUGAAGCUUUCUUGUCAAUAAUGGAGGAAGCUUUGAAGCUGGCUGGAGGUUUCUAUGUUUCUGACUCGUAUCCUUCAGUCAAAGUUCUGCCAGUAAUCAGUGGAAUGAGAGGUAAGCUUGAGAGGCUUCACAGCGAGAUUGAUAGAAUACUUGACAACAUUAUCAAAUAUCAUAGAGAGAAAAAUAGCAGCCGUGGCCAAGUAGAGGAAGAUCUAGUUGAUGUUCUACUGAAGCUUCAGCAGCAGAAUGACCCUGAUACCCCUCAACUCACCGAUGACAAUAUCAAAGCUGUUAUUCUGGACAUUUUUGGAGCUGGAACUGAUACGUCAUCAACAACUCUAGAGUGGGCAAUGUCAGAAAUGCUGAAAAACCCAAAGGUUAUGGAAGAAGCACAAGCAGAGGUAAGAAGAGUAUUUGGUAAAAAAGGUUAUGUUUCUGAGGCAGACCUUCAACAUUUGCAAUACUUAAAGUUGGUCAUCAAAGAAACUCUCAGGCUUCAUCCCCCAGCAGUACUGUUACUUCCAAGAGAAAACACAGAGAGAUGUGAAAUCAAUGGAUAUGAGAUACCUGCAAAAACAAGAGUGAUUGUGAACGCUUGGGCCAUUGGAAGAGACCCCAUGUAUUGGAAUGAAGCAGAGAGAUUCAAACCAGAGAGGUUUGUUGAUAGUCCAAUCGACUUCAGAGGAAGAGAUUUUGAAUACAUACCGUUUGGGGGAGGAAGAAGGAUUUGCCCAGGAAUCAGUUUUGCCACAGCUCUCAUUGAGCAGCCGCUUGCUCAAUUGCUUUACCAUUUUGAUUGGAAGCUUCCUAAUGGGAUGCAGAUUGAAGAAUUUGACAUGACUGAGUCGUUUGGUUCCACAGUGAGAAGAAAAGACAAGCUCUUGUUAAUUCCUACUCGUUAUGGCACUUAACCCAUAAUCACUAUUCACUUGGGUACAUUCAAUCUCUGUGUUGAUAAUAUGGUGCUCAGGGCCAAAAAGCUGAACUACAGAGUAAUAAUGCGUGAAGUGGUCAUUUCUCUUGGAAUAGAUAUUCUAAAAUCGAGAAUAUGUGAAUUUUAUGAUUUUUUUUUUAAAUGAAAGAGGGGGGGGGGUAUUUUAUAUUAUUAAAAAUAUCAAAAGAAAAAGAAAAACUUCUUGAAAAUUCAUGCAUCUCAAUUUUAGAAGAUUUGUUCCUAUUUCUAGUAAGUUGUCAAUUAUGUAAGAAUAAAAUUGGACAGUUUUCUAGAUGUUCGUGGGAAGGUUUUCAGUCCAACUGAUUACAAGUUAAUGCAAUUUAGUAGCCUAGUUUACGCAGAAAUUAAUGUAUACUAGUUUAGUAGUUUCGGCUUCAAAUUAGCUGUCACGAACCAUCCUUGAAUCCUAAGAUAGAAACUCUCUCAUGGAUUCAAGGAAGAUUUUGCAAUAACCCAUUGGGAGCGUGGAAGGGAGCAAUUGGAGAAGAUCGAUGGCAUGGCAUGAUCACAAUUGUAUGUUGGAUCCACUUCAUCCAAAAUUAAAAUCUCAGAAAGUGUACUUAGAUUAUCCCAAUUCCUGGAAUCUGUAUUUGAUGCCCAUCGAAUCUGUGAGCACUAAAUGCUCAUAUUUGAGAUCUGCUACAUUCACAAGACUGUAAAUCUUUAAUCUUCUCACAAAUGAAUCCGAAGACGCUCGAAUGAGUGAGAUCAAUCUUUUUCA